ACAAUAACAUAGGCCACAGAGCAGAUAACAUAGCCCUUAAUAUUCCCAUCAUACAAAAUUGAUAAAUUUGACCCAAGUUUCAUGACAUAAGAAGCGAUUUUCCAGACGAACCGAUUUGGAACGCUUCAAAAUGUCUAACAAAUACCAAAUGAUGGAGGCGGAGAUGAGCAGGUUUGAAGCCGAAAUUGGAGCACGACCAGCGUCAUUUUCAAAGCCUCCAUCCGGCAGUGCACGUUCGACUCUUCCGCCGCCACCAAUGCCACCAAUGUUAAUUCCUCACUCUGUCCAUAAAUCUGCAUCUCUUCAGAAACCGCCAUUGUUUCGGCCAAGCUCUGUAACAGCAGCUGCAGGCAGCAUAGCGACAGUUUCAGCAACACCAAAAAUUUAUAAAGCACCACCCCCACCGCCUGUUGCAUUCGCACCGCCAGUCUUGAAGAAACCUGCACCGACACCUUUAUCAAUGGAAAUAAAAGGACUGCCGCAAGCCAAAAAACCUCGUAAGGUAGACAACCUGAAAAAAAGCAAGGAUGACGGUUUGCCUGCAAAUGUUGGACCUUCCAUUGACUUGGCAGAGAUUGGCUACAAGAAGGCCAGGGAAAAGAGACAGGAGAAGAUUGAGAAAGCUGGUGGAAAACGUAUCAUUAGGCAAGGUGGAAAUCAAGUUUGGGAAGACACAUCCUUGCUUGACUGGCCAGAUGAUGAUUUUAGAAUAUUCUGUGGUGAUCUUGGUAAUGAUGUCACCGACGAAGUGCUUACCAGGGCUUUUAACAAGUAUCCUUCAUUCCAAAGAGCCAGAGUGAUUCGAGACAAACGAUCUAACAAAACCAAGGGAUUUGGAUUUGUUAGCUACAAAGAUCCGCAAGACUUCAUACGAGCUAUGAAGGAAAUGAAUGGUCGCUACGUGGGCAGUCGUCCCAUUAAACUGCGAAAGAGCGUUUGGAAGGCGAGAAACAUCGAGGUGGUACGCAAGAAGGAAAAGGAAAAGGCAGCCUUAAUUGGCAUGCUGACUGGACGCUAAUGGAGGCGAUGACAGUUCAAGCAAGUAGUGUAAGCGCCUCUUUGAUCUUUGAACGUAAAAGUAAGAAAGUGAAACUCACGUUCGUCUAAGGACAUUGAUUUUUCUUCCUGAUAAUAUUAUUUCCUCAAUUGAAUUCAUUGCGUGAACAAGAUUAAUGCUAAUAUUGUAUCACUCAGUGUCUACACAUCUCGUUCAAAUCUAAUUCGUGUUCUGUCUAAUUCAAAUUUUUUUCACAAACAUGAUGUCAAUAUUUCACAAAUAAAAUGUUGCCUUGGCUCUUUACUGGA